AUGAAGCCCAUCACCGAUGUCAGGGUUGUUAAAACCACAGAAUCAGCAUUCAUUAGGCCGUUUUCAUUGAUAUUCAAACAAGGAGGAAAUGAAAUAAAAUGGGACUUAAUUGAUAGUCAUAAUGGAGUGUUUGUGAUCAUUUACAACAGAACCAGAAAUACAUUGGUGUGCGUUAAGCAAUUUAGACCAGGUGUCUACUAUAAAAGUAUACCAGAAUGCGAUAGACCAAAAGAGGGACUUAUUGAUACCAAAAAAUAUCCACCUAGCCUUGGUUUGACUGUAGAAUUUUGUGCUGGUAUUGUAGACAAAAACAAAGCUCUUGAAGAAAUAGCUGUUGAUGAGGUCCGAGAAGAAUGUGGUUAUGAAGUCAAAGUGUCAGACAUGCAAAAAAUCAUCAGUUGUAGAGCUGCAUUAAGUACAGCUGGUUCCAUUAUGACAUUUUUUUACACCGAAGUGACUGAUCAAUGGAAAAUUUCUGAAGGAGGAGGUCUUGCGCACGAAGGAGAAGACAUUGAAGUCGUAGAAUACACUAUACCACAAAUCAGAGAUAUAAUCACUCAAUCAGAAGUUUUAAAUGGGUCGUCUAGUUUUCUUUUUGGCUUAAUGUGGUUUUUGACAAACAAAAUUGUUUUGAACAAUUAA